UCUAUCUUCGUUUGGCCAUUUACCGUUGCUUUUUCCUGGUUCUCUCUUUCUUUCCAUUCCUGCGAGAACACAAUCUGUAUCUCUUCCUCUGCCUUUGACACAUUCCUCCUUUUGCCUUCGUUCUCGAAAGCUAGAAGGUUCAUUCCCACUUUUGAAGCUGAAAAAUGUCUGUCGACCUGAACGAAUCGGAAGAAAAAAUGGACCUUAAGGUGGAUCCGGAGAGGCGCCAGCAUGUGCCGUACAUAUUAAACGGAGAGCUAUACCGCAUCGAAAACCAGGUGGGCGAUAAUGUUACGGUCAAGUGCUGCUACUGUCCGCCGGAUCGGAUUUAUCGCGGCAGCGUGCGCUCCACGGGAAAUUUUCACAUGCACAUAAAGCGGCGUCACAGUUCGUUGUUGGGAAAACUGCACGAAAUGAAGGUUGCGGCACUCGAGGAACGCCGUGAUCGCAUCAUGAAGAAUCGGCGUUUUGGUAAGCCCCGCAAGAAGACCCCCGUCCCAGCCUCCAGUACGGUUGCGAUUUUGCCGGAGAUUCAAAAUCCUACGGGAAUUAAAAGCCACGAGCUGAAAAUCAAAACGGUGUUCCAGCGCCACAAGCAAGAGCAGGAAGGAGCCACUCGCAAGUCCGGAGAUUCAACUUCAGAUAACAGCAUCCAAGCCAAUCCGCCAAAUAUAGCCAACAGCCACGGUGUUUUUGUUCAGGAUGUCUCGAAUAUCUCUGUGGAGACCCUGCCCAGCAAUUCGGCAUCCACAGCUGCUAGUGUCUCUCUAUUGGGUCGUCCCGUCAAGCCGGAGCAAGCCAGUGGCUCUUUAUUCCUGAUUGAUCAACCAGCAGCCAUCGAUUUGAGCCGGACUCCAUCGCUGCCGGGCGAAAGUAAAUCCAGUUGCUCGCUGUCCUCCUCGCUGGAGGAUGGCUCCAUGGACUACUCGCGCUCCCAAGCCGUCUCACAAUCGGUGUCGUUUACCCACUUCUUGGAGCACCCUCAGCGGGAUGUAUUGCAGCGCCUGGAGCGCACGAUGGCCCAAAUUAAUCAGGAAUUGCACUGCCGCAAUCAGAUUGAACAUAACCGUUUGCUGUUGGAGGCGGCCAAGUUCAAGUUUCUGAAUCCGAAUUUUCAAUUUGAACCCAUUCAAUAAGGGUGUAAUUUAAAACAAAACACUUUGUAUUCCACUUAUACCAAAAUAGAGUGCCUGAAGGAUUUAUUUAAUUGUAAAUUUUGAAAAUCUAAAUCCGAAACACCAAUUUGAUCCCACUCAGUAUUUGUAAACAUCAAAAAUCUCCCUCAAAUUUUCUAUUUUGAGACGACUUUAAACAAGGGACCUUAACGAAGAUCACAUUUAUUUUAUUUUCCACUUUUAUAACAAUAAAGUGUAUUGAACCGUA